AUGGUGGAAAUCAAAGGUGGAAAAAUAACAACUAUCAACAGAACCGGAAUCAACAGAAUCUUCCGUACCGAGGACCUCACCAAAGGUGGCAUCAAUGCCAUCACUUUGAGGUCCAGAACUACAUUGCCAAAGAAGAGUCCUGAGGAGCUAAGCUCAAGAGAAGAUAUUCAAGUUAAAGACAUUGUGGAGUUAGAAGAGGUUGAAGAAGAGGAUGAAGUACAAGAUAUGGUUGAAGAAGAAGUUGCUCAACUAAGGAAUGGAAUAUCUAAGGAAGAUGAUGCUGUGAGAGAAGCCAUUCCUAUUCCUUUCCCACACCUUGCUAGGAGGACAAAGAGUAUUAUGCCAUUAUCUGUAUAUGAUGCCUUAAGGCUCCCACCCUUGAAAAGAUCAGCAGCACAUUUUGUUUUGGCAGAUAAGAGCAUAAUUUCAGUGGCUAGCAUUGCAGAGGACGUCCUGCUGAAGUCCUCUGAGUAUAUUGAAGACGCCUUGCUACCCCCAGUGGCUCCAGAUGAUCAAGUGCCAAGCCAUGAGCUGGAAAUGGAGUUGAAGCCCCUUCCACCCCACCUCAAGUUUUAUCGACGUUUUAUCAAGGACUUUAGUAAGGUUGCAUUGCCUUUAUCCCGUCUGCUGCAGAAGGAUGUAGAGUUUGAGUUGAGUGAAGAUUGCAUGGAGGCAUUUGAUAAGCUGAAGGUUGCCUUGACCCAAGCUCCUAUUGUGAGAGGGCCUGACUGCAGUAGGCCGUUCGAGAUCAUGUGCGACGCAUCAAACUAUGUGGUAGGAGCGGCGGUAGCUUAG